AUUUGGAGAGUAAUUUAGUUUUGGAAUCCCCUGUUGUUUAGUAGCUUAGGAGGCCUCCAAAGGGGAACACAGCAGCCAAUUGCAUGGAGGAGAGGUCCAUCACUGCCUACCUGCCAUGAUGAUGAAAUGGAGCCUCUAUGUUCAGAGGCAGUAGCACUCUUAAUAUCAGGGAGGUGCCGAAAAAGAUGAACAGCACCCCAGUGAGGGAAUUCAUACUUUUGGGCUUUACAGACAAUCAUAAGCUUCAAGUUGUACUCUUUCUCCUAUUGAUGGGAACAUAUCUGUUGACUAUAUCCGGGAACGUGGUGAUCGUUGCGAUCACGCUCUCCAGUCGCCGUCUCCACACUCCAAUGUAUUUCUUCCUCCGAAAUUUUGCGCUCUUGGAGGUUGGAUUCACCACUGCCCUCAUCCCCAAAGCACUGGCCCACUUGGCCACGGGGCAGAGGACGAUCUCCAUCAGUGGCUGCUUCACGCAAUGUUUUCUGUAUUUUACCUUGGGGACAACGGAGUUCUUCCUGCUGGCGGUCAUGUCAUUUGACAGAUACGUGGCCAUCUGCCACCCUCUUCGUUACGCCACCAUAAUGAGUGGUCAACUCUGUUCCCUGCUAGUAGGUUGCUCUUGGGUUGGGGGCUUGUUGCUAAUCCUGGGCCCAGCAAUUGCUUUAUUUCAGAUGCCAUUUUGCGGCCCAAACACUAUAAACCAUUUUUUCUGCGACAAUGGACCGCUGAUCAAACUCGCCUGUGUAGACACAAUUCUGAUGGAACGCGUGGAUUUCUUCAUUGCCACGUUCUCUCUCAUUGGAACUUUGGCAGUGACUGUCAUUUCCUAUGCCAACAUUAUUUCUAGCAUUUUGCGCAUCCCAUCGACUCAAGAGAGGCAGAAGGCUUUCUCCACUUGCUCCUCCCAUAUUAUUGUUGUGUCCUUGUUCUAUGGCAGCUGUAUCUUCAUGUACGUGAGGCCUUCCCAAAGCGAAGGGUUUGGUUUCAAUAAAGGAGUCUCCAUUUUAAACACUGUGGUGACACCUUUGUUGAACCCCUUUAUCUACACUCUCAGAAACAAACAAGUACACGAAGCUCUCAGAGAUGCCAAAAGAAAGAUAUGUAUUAGAAAUCGGAAACACUGA